AUGGCCUUUGUCCCGGCCCCCGCGCGAAGCGCUUCCGUCGAUCCCGCAGUGGCGGCAGGUGCGGUGGUGGUUGCGACUGCUCCGAUGAGCGCCGAAGCGUUUGUCUUCAAGGGCAAGGAGUACUUUGAUGUCUUCUAUGGCAUCGAGCCGUUGGCGUGGGCCUUCUGUGGCUUCGUCAUCGUCUACUAUGGCGCGGUGGUGAAGAACGCGGCACAGAAGUGGCCUGAAAGGAUGAUGUGGUGCACCUUUUUUUGGGGGGGUGAAGAAGCGUUAAGUUUUAUGUAG